AAUAAAAGAAGAGAGCAAAAAAAAGAAACCUAAACACGGGCAGCGCCUGGCUUGGUUUCCUCCUUGCUGUGUGUUCGACGGUUCUCUCGUGCGUUUCACGUGUUAGAUCCGUCUCCCUUCCUCUGAUCAAAUCCCUACGUUCUUCUCAAACCAACCCUAAUUCUAUUUAUUUAUUGAAAGAAGAAAAGGGAGUUUCAUUAAUCAAUUUCAUUAUUAGUGUCUUGUGUUAUAAACAUUGGUUUCUCCUUCUUCCAUGCGAUGAUUUUGGCUUAAAGUUCAAAAACGUUAAAUUUGGAUGGCUAUGACGGCUGAUCCUGAGUUCCACCACCAGAAUUUGUCUCGUUGGGCCCAAGUUGUUCAGGGUGAGUCUAAAGCAACCUCAGCCUCCAACCACUCCCCUUCUUCACAGCCGUCGUCAAUCUCAAGCCCCGUGGCUUCCGUACCGGAACGAAACAUUUCUUCCGAGUGCUCUCCUUCGCAAGCACCUUGCUUCUCUUCCUCGUCGUCUCCACCGCUGGAUAUUUCCUUGUCCGCUGAAGGUGGUUCUGAUUCCAAUAACAACUUUGCUGCUUCGAGCUUCAAGAAGCCGGCUUGGAACAAGCCUUCAAAUGGUAUCAUCGGAGUGGGCCCUGUAAUGGGAGCUGCUUCUUGGCCUGCUUUAUCUGAAUCCGCUAGAGGUUCUCAAAAAUCAUUAGCAGACUCUUCCAAAGACGGAUUGCUUUCUACUUCUCAGGGUCCAAUAAUACCCCAAUCAACUCAGAAGCAAGUUACUAGUAAUGCUAACCCCAAUUCAACACCAAACUGUACAAUGUUAAAUCGACAAAAGUCUUCUAAGCGUGGUAGCAAUAGCUCUGGUAGUGGGCUUCCACAGGUUGCUUCUUCACACCAACACCCGCCGCCGCCACCGCCAUUUGCUGUGCCCCAAAUGCCUCCAAGUAGUUUUGGUAAUUUUGUUCCAGCAAUGCCAUAUCCUUCGACAAGAGACCCUCAAUACAGGGACAAUAGUUGGGAAACUAGACCUAUUGGGGGGUUUGCAUCACAAUCACACAAGGAUCACCGGCAUUCUUCUCGGAGGGGAGGUAACUAUGGACCACGUGGGGAUGGUGGCUAUAAUAAUUUUUGGGGUAGGCGUGAACAGGACCGUGGAAAUUAUGGGAAUGCAAGAGACGGUCAUAUGCAGCCUCCAAGAGCUCCCCCAAGGGGCUUCCCAAGGCCUUCGCCUCCUGCAGUUCAUUCUUUUGUUCCUCCACAGCCUGUGAGGCCGUUUAUGAAUCCCAUAGGAUAUCCUGAGUAUAUGUAUUUCACUAUGGAGCCAUUUAGGGGCAUGCCAUCAUUUACCCCCGCCACGCCUCCAAUGUUCAUGCCUGUUCCAGAGCCUCCUGUCUCUGCAUUGUUAUUACAUCAAAUUGAUUAUUAUUUCAGUGAUGAUAAUUUGGUUAAAGAUGACUUUUUGAAGUCUAAUAUGGAUGACCAGGGUUGGGUAGCCAUUUCUUUAAUAGCAGGGUUUCCUCGGGUUAAGAGUUUGACAAGCAACAUUCAGCUGAUAGUUGAUUCCUUACGAAGUUCCACUGUUGUAGAAGUACAAGAUGACAAAGUGAGGAGGCGUAAUGACUGGAGGAAAUGGGUACCUUAUCAGGUUUCCACAGUGCCGGGAUCACUGUCUCCUGGUGGAUCAAGUUCUGAAAUGCUGGCAAGUUCUUUUCAGCAGAUUACAGUAAGGGAAGAGUCUACUAACCAAAGUGGAGCAGGUAAUGUGAACCCUCAUGCUGAGGAUGCUUUAGGAAGACAUCCAUCUCAUCUCUCAAAUGGGGACGGUUCUGAACGCACGUGUCUGAACUAAAACUGAUCAAUCUUGCUGCCACGAAAGCACGAUCUGGUAAGGAAGUUGUGCUUUAUUUUUUUAUGUGAGUGAAGUGAAUGAUGCACCAAAAAGAAUGGGACACCUUUUUCUUUAAUUUUCGCCAUCACCUUAUGUGGUUUUGAGGGUUGAUUGGUGAGGCGAUUGGAGGCAAACAAUAAGAAAGAUACAUAAUUAUCUUUGAAAGAUAGAGAAGGAGAAGAAACAAUGGGGUAAAAAAGAGGAAAAAAAGUUAAGGGUUAGUUUUGACUGUGGAGGAAUAAUGAGGCCUUUUGGUUGUAUAGUUUUGCUAUUAUUAUCCAUGGACAAUUCUUUCUUUUCUUUUAUAAUUUGAGUAGGAAGGUCCCUUAAUUAGGUUUUUGUUUUUUUUUAGUUCUUUUAGUUUUUUAAUCAUUAUUGGUUUUGUUGUGGCCUGCCUCACUCUAAAAAAAAAGACUGGAUAUAUUUUUUCA